AUGAGAGAUAAAAAUGAAAAUGAGAUCAAAAGCAAGAUUCAGAUGUUCCUAGUCUUCUCAGACAAUGAGACUCCUGCUAAAAGGAAAUCAUGUUUAUACGGUAUUGCUGUCAUCAUUAUCACUUUGUAUUAGAAGGUAAGAUCUUAAAAUGUUGAAUCUAUUUCAACUUAGAAAGCUAUGAAUUAUCUUCCAAUGCUCAAGGAAUCUCUACUAAAGUCAUUUAGAGAUAAAGAUGCAAAAGUUCAGAAUGCUGGCUUUGAUACUUUGUUCAACAUUAUCAAGAUAUGCAAGGAAGCAUUUUUAUUUGAUGAGCCUCUGUUCAAGGAGUUCUUCGAUGCAAUCUGCACAUCAAUAGCUGACUAACUGAGUGAGUCCAAAGAGUGGGCAAAGAAAUGCAAUGAACUGCUCAGAGAUGUAGUCUACGUUGCUUGCUAGAACUACAACAACUUUGACUUGAAUAUGUUCAUCUAGUUCAUCACUGACAAAUUCGUCAAUGCUAAGAACAAUGACUUCGUAGUAACUAUGCUAAGGUGGAUUGAACUCAUCCACUCAAUCAACAACAUACCCAUCCUCAACAUGAUGCCUGAUAUAUUACCAAGGCUGUUGCAGAAUCUAAACACCAAGCCUACUCAGUCGAACAAGAGUGAGGCUGGCCAUCAGAGAGAUAUAAGCAAGAAGUCUUAAGAAUAAUUGAUGAGAUUUCUGAAUGAGUUUCACAACAAAGACUACAGGACACUCUAUCUUGAAAAUCAAAUUAUCGACACACUUCUAGCACAUCUAUUGAGAAAAAAUCCUGAUUAAUCAUAGAACUAGCAUGAGCUAUCAAAAUUAGAAGCAUUGAUAUGGCUUAGAGAAUUUCUGAUAUUUUUCCAAAAAGACUUUCACGAGAUUGCUCAAGAAUAAGAAGAGAGCCAGCAGAGAAAGUUUAAUGAGAUGGUAUUGAAAUAAGAAAAAUAAGAUUAAGAGCAUGCAAAUUAGAACCACCAACUAGUUACCUUAGAGUCUAUGAACUCUGAAUUCUAACAAGAAUUCUCUCAAAAUGAAGAUCCCAUGAUUAUGCCACCAAUCGACGACAACGUCAAUCUUGAUUAUUUGGAUGCGAAGAGCAUUGUCGAAAACAACUUUGAAAGGUAGUAUCCAGCGAUUAUUAAGGUCAUAGUCAAAUAUGCCAACAUUGUGAAGGGAGACUACUUGAGAGUGGUAGAGAUGAUCAACUCAACUCUGCUGUCAUUGCUGAUACAAACUAUGGAUAGUAAGGAUGAGUUUCAAUAUAUAUUCAAUGAACUCAAAAGACAGUUCAGAGAUAGCAAGACUACUAAAACCAAAGACAUUAUCUUGGACUGGUUCAUUGAGCUGUUUAAGGAGUUUUAGGAAGACAUCAUUGAAUUCUACAAUGAUAUAUUUGACGAAUUGAUCAGCAGUCUCAACUUUUAAGAGUAAAAUAUUGUGAACAAAGUAUUGGAACUACUGAGUAUGCUUUCUAAGUCUAAUGAAAAAUAUCUGAGAAAAACAAUUAAGAAGCUUAUUGAGAAAAUUCAUUCGAUGGGAGAUCGUAAUCAGUUCAUAGUAGGCUAGGUAAUCUAGGUCUUAUGCUAAUCAAUUAAUGACGAGAGAGUAUUUCUGGAGUUUGGAAGAGUUCUUAGGGACUAUCAAAAUGACUUAUACUUUAUUGAAGAGAUGAUUGACUUCCUCACUUAUACUAUCGCAGGUGAUUAGUAUCAUGAGAGCUUUCGAUUGAAGCUAAGAGGUAAAAAGCCAACUGAAUGCUUAGCAAGCAAAGAAAAGCUAUUCAAUGCUUUGCUUAAGACUUGGAGUUAUAACUCAGUAUCAACAAUUUCUCUCUGCUUGAUUACAAGGAAUUAUGAACUGGCUUACUACAUAAUUUUUAGAUUUACUCAAAUUCAAAUAGACAAGGAUAAACUAGUGCAGUUCAGCAAACUUGUUCAGUUACUAGAGUCCCCUACCCUUGCCUAUUUGAGAAUCGAGCUUAUGAGUAAUACUCUGCAGCAAAAAUAUCUUAUUAAAACACUCUAAGGUAUACUGAUGAUUCUUCCAAUUUGCAAGUCAUUUUACUGUCUCAAGACAAGGAUCGAGUGUGUUAAGUUUUCUAAGCUCGACCCUCCUUUAAAGCAAUCAACCAUUGAUCAGCAAUUCUUUGGCUAGCCGUAUGAGUUUAAUGAUUAAUUUAAAAUGGAUGACAUCCUCAGACAGUUUGACUAAAAGGUGAUAAUUAUGAAAGACUUUUAUGAAAAAAGAGAUAAAUUGAGGGAGGAGAUAUUCAAGCUUGAAAAAUAAAAGCUAAAAGAACAGAGUCUUAGGGCAAUGCAGUAGAAUCCUCAAGCUCCAAAUGACGGUCUUACUAAAAGAAUAUCAGCUGCUUAUUCGUAUGUCAUUCCAGUCAAUCAAAAACUGCCUCCUAAGUGA